AUGGCUGCGUCCGUUGGAGGGAGCGAUGCCUCGAGUUCGGGAAGCACGAGCCCUGCUUCGGUGGGUUCAGGGAGCGAAAAUACAACAUUACAGUACAGUCUCAUCCUGGAUCACCUGAUUGGCGACAAGAGACAAAUUAAAGACCUAAAUCCAAGCAUAAUGGGUGGUUUGCCAACCCCACAAAAAUCGGACGAGCAGAAGAUGAUAGAGCGAGGAAUGGAAAGCUGCGCGUUUAAAGCAGUUCUGGCUUGUGUAGGAGGGUUUGUGCUGGGAGGAGCAUUUGGUGUGUUUACAGCAGGCAUUGACACCAAUGUGGGCUUUGACCCUAAAGAUCCACUGAGAACGCCUACAGCAAGAGAAGUCCUGAAAGACAUGGGCCAGAGGGGAAUGUCUUAUGCCAAAAACUUUGCCAUAGUGGGCGCUAUGUUUUCCUGUACCGAGUGCAUCAUUGAGUCGCACCGUGGUAAAUCAGAUUGGAAAAACGCUGUCUACAGUGGCUGUGUUACUGGGGGAGCAAUCGGAUUCAGAGCUGGACUAAAGGCAGGAGUCCUGGGCUGUGGAGGGUUCGCCGCUUUCUCGGCUGCCAUAGAGUACUACUUACGAUGAGCCUUCAAAACUCUCAUUUCUGUGUGAAGGACUGAUUCCUCUAAACAUCAUCAGGACCCAGAAUGCUCUUCAGGCACAGGGUUUGUUUAAGGAUGUUGCCUGUCUAAAAACGCAGGGGCAUUCUCAUUUGGACCCUUAACCGAGAUUCUAACGGACUAAAGGGGCCCAGCUGUGCGGUAACGGCCAAGUAUCCCUCUGUCAAAACGGUCGUUAUGGAUGAAUGGUCCUCCUCUUUUAAAUGACCUUCUGUAUGUGCGGUCUUUGCCUGUAUGGUUUAAGUUAAUUUCAGCAUUUUGAGAAAACCAUCGUUUUGUUUUUCUGUUUGAGUAAAUUCUCAUCGUACUCGUCUUUUCACAAUAUUUUGACGGGUGGGGAAUGACGCCAAACUUGUGUAAAAAAAGAUACUAUUUAAGACUUGAAAGGAUGAGGGGACAAGUAGAGACGUCUACUUAUUAAUUGCCUAUGAAAGCGCACGAGCCGCGUGAUUUGUACUUUAUGUCACCCAUCCCCGGUUCUUUGAAUGAAUUGAAUCUCACGUGUUUCCUGUAGAAGCACUUG